AUCUUGGUUCUCGCCAGAUCUCGCGAGAAGUCCUCGUUCUGCGUGACGUCACCAGAGUAACAUGGCGCCUCCCUCAGCCGCUUCACUCUCACAAAAUUGGGCAGAAAAUCGUUCGCUUAUUAUAAUCAACUAAUCAACUGCGAAUCGAUGCAGAUUCCGUGAGUGCGGUGAGAGUAGAAGGACAACAGAGAGACACAGAGGACAGUUUGAGCGAGAUCAGCGGAGGUUUGCUGCUGGUUUAGCCGUCGACACAGCCGGUCCUUUCUUGCCAAAAAUAGCAGCGAACGCAAGUGGCCAAAAUGUCGCUGAAAAGCAAGAAGGACACCAAGAUGCGGAUCAGGGCCUUUCCCAUGACAAUGGAUGAGAAGUAUGUGAACAGUAUCUGGGCCCUGCUGAAGAAUGCCAUCCAGGAGAUCCAGAAGAAGAACAACAGCGGCCUGAGUUUUGAGGAGCUGUACAGGAAUGCCUACACCAUGGUACUCCACAAACAUGGGGAGAAACUGUACACAGGACUGAGGGAGGUGGUCACAGAACAUCUCGUUAAUAAGGUGCGAGUGGAUGUGCUGGAGUCUCUCAACAACAACUUCCUGCAGACCCUGAACAGUGCGUGGAACGACCACCAGACCUCCAUGGUCAUGAUCAGGGACAUCCUCAUGUAUAUGGACCGUGUUUACGUGCAGCAGAACGGAGUAGAGAACGUGUAUAACCUGGGCCUGAUGUUGUUCCGAGACCAGGUGGUUCGGUACGGCUGUAUCCGAGACCACCUGCGCCAGACACUGCUGGACAUGGUGGCACGUGAGCGCAGGGGAGAGGUCGUUGACAGGGGAGCAGUGAAGAACGCAUGUCAGAUGCUGAUGAUCCUGGGUAUCGAGAGCAGGCAGGUUUACGAGGAGGACUUUGAACAGCCUUUCCUGGAGCAGUCCGCAGAGUUCUAUAGGUUGGAAAGUCAGAAGUUCCUAGCGGAGAACAGCGCCUCAGUGUACAUCAAGAAGGUUGAGCAGAGAAUCAACGAGGAGGCCGAGAGAGCCAAGCACUACCUGGACAAAACCACAGAGGAGCCCAUUGUUAAAGUCCUGGAGGAGGAACUCAUCAGCAAGCACAUGAAAACUAUUGUAGAUAUGGAGAACUCUGGAGUAGUACACAUGCUGAAGAACAACAAGACAGACGACCUAGCCUGUAUGUACAAGCUGUUCAUCCGCGUUCCCGAUGGGCUCAAGACGAUAUGCGAGUGCGUCAGCAAGUACCUGAGAGAACAGGGCAAGGCCAUUGUUACAGAGGAGGGGCAGGGUGGCGAGCCCAAAAACCCCAUCACAUAUGUACAGAGCCUGUUGGACCUCAAGGAAAGAUUCGACCACUUCCUUCACGAGUCCUUCAGCGACGACAAGGUGUUCAAGCAACAGGUUUCCUCAGACUUCGAGUACUUCUUAAACCUGAACCAGAAGUCUCCCGAGUACCUGUCUCUCUUCAUCGACGACAAGCUCAAGAAGGGAGUCAAGGGGCUGACAGAGCAGGAGAUAGAAAACAUCCUGGACAAGACGAUGGUGCUGUUCCGGUACCUCCAGGAGAAGGACGUGUUUGAGCGUUACUACAAGCAGCACCUCGCCCGAAGGUUACUCAUGAACAAGAGUGUCUCUGACGACUCCGAGAAAAACAUGAUCUCAAAACUCAAGACGGAGUGUGGCUGUCAGUUCACUUCCAAGCUUGAGGGGAUGUUUAAGGACAUGUCCAUCUCCAACUCUCUCAUGGACGACUUCAAGCAGCAUCUACAAAAUACAGGGACGACCUUGAGCGGGAUUGACCUGAGUGUCCGAGUCCUGACCACGGGAUUCUGGCCGACCCAGUCGUCUUCUCCAAAGUGUAACAUCCCUGUACAAGCCAGGAACGCCUUCGAAACAUUUAAGAGGUUCUAUUUAGUAAAACACAGCGGCCGUCAGCUGACGUUGCAGCACCACAUGGGCUCAGCUGACCUCAACGCAACAUUUUAUGGGCCCAGAAAGGAGGGAGGAGGCAGUAACGCACGGAAGCACAUUCUCCAGGUCUCCACCUUCCAGAUGUGUGUUCUCAUGCUCUUCAACAACAGGGACAAGCUCACCUAUGAGGAAAUCCAGAGUGAGACAGACAUCCCUGACAGGGACCUGACGCGGGCACUGCAGUCGCUGGCACUCGGAAAGGCUCAGCAGCGAGUGUUGGUGAAGGAACCCAAGGUGAAGGAGAUCGAGCCAUCGCAUCAGUUCUACAUCAACGACCAGUUCACAUCCAAACUGCACAGGGUCAAGAUUCAGACAGUGGCAGCGAAGGGCGAGUCCGACCCGGAGCGGAAGGAAACCAGGAACAGGGUGGACGAGGACCGGAAGCACGAGAUCGAGGCGGCCAUUGUUCGAAUCAUGAAGUCACGCAAGAGGAUGCAGCACAACGUUCUGGUAGCAGAGGUAACUCAACAAUUGAAGGCACGGUUCCUACCGAGUCCAGUUGUAAUCAAGAAGAGGAUGGAAGGCUUGAUCGAGAGAGAAUACCUGGCUAGAGCCCCAGAGGAUAGGAAAGUGUACACAUACGUCGCCUAGAGAAGAGACUGGACCUACUGGGUGGGGAGGGGGGCUGGGAUGGGUUUAGGCAAUUUUGCUCUGAUUUUUUUGGAAGGGGGGGGGGGGGGGGUUGCGUGAAGAACAGAAAAUUGAAGCUCCGUUUCUGUGCAUGGCAGAAUAUCAGGAAACAAAGAGGGGAACAUUACAUGUGUUCCUUAGCAAUCGAAUAAGUUUGUAUCAGACUUUACCGCGAAUGAUGUUCUUUUUGGAGGGAAAGGGGGGGGGGCAGUACGUUCAGUUAGUUAGACCCUAGAUACAGGGAUGCAGAGAAGAAGAAGGUUUUAAACGUGAACCUGCACCCCCCAUCUUACAAAUUGGUAUAUCCCAUGUCCGCACCGUCUGAAGGUUGGAAACGGUGCACCUGUACAUGUAUAUGUUGAAUACACAGACUCAACUGUAUCAUCAAUUUACCAAAUAAAAAAAGACGCAAUUUCUAUCUCGGGUAUAGUGUAGUGACAGCGUACACACAAGUGACAUGGACUUUAUUUACUCCGACACCCCCCUGCUGUACAAUGGAACCAGCCAUACUUCUGCAACCAUAAUCCGGGUUUGGAAGGGUCCAUUCCUGGAAGAGGGGUGAUAGGGUGAUCCUUUGUUACGUUUGCUUGCCUUGCUACAGCAGUAAAUAUAAAACCUGUUGUCUA